GCACGUGGCGCCAUCUAGUGGCCAUUUGUUAGCCAUGGCUGACGAGCAAGCCAAUAUUGUCGCAGACAUUAGAGCCAAGUGGGUUCGCGGUCAUGAACGCUAGAUGGCGCCACGAGCAACGAGGCGAGUGGAUCGUGUGGAAACAUGAACGGACGGGCAAAGUAAAGAGGUUCGUUUUGUUUACUCCGUAGAAUCGUGAAUCGUAACGGUCUUUCGGAACAAUGAUGAAUGAUCACGGGAACGACGAAAGGGGUAGGAAGAGGAAGAAGAAACGAUCCCGCAUUCAAAUGGCGAAAAAGUUCGCGAGGAAGAGGAAUUACGAUUCGGACGUGGACUCGGAUACUUAUCAGUACAUGGUGCACGUUCUGGAGUUAAUGAAAAAUGAUUUUCCGACUGGCAAGGAGAGGUCUGUGUUCGUGAACAAUGUGUACGAACAGACCGUCGGUCACGAAGUAGAGUAUGCCAAGAAUCAAGUUGGCUCGAGGAUACUAGAUUCGUUAUUGAAGUACGCGAGUUUAGAGACCAUCCAAAGGUUGACAGACGCUUUCAAUGCUUCUUUGAGACCACUGUGCAGCGACAGAUUUGCCAGUCACGUGUUGCAGAAGAUCCUGUUGGUCUGCGCAGACCGAGGAAACGGAACCGAGGUUUCAGAAUCGGAGCGAUGCCGUUACAACGAUGCAGCGUUGAAACUGAGCAGAUAUUUAAUCAACAACGUGGAAGAGUUCGCGUUCGACACGUACGCGAAUCAUCUUUUAAGAACCGUCUUCGAGUGUCUCGGUGGCCUGAUUGACAGGCCCGAGAACGUCGACAGAAAGAAGAUGAUCUUCUCCGACAGACGACCGGUCACGCAAGAAUACAAAGAAUUGUUAUCCAGAGCGUGCAAUGUAUUGUACAACUGGCCUCGGUUCAUCGAGUUUGGUCAAGACGAGCUUACGUCCGGACUGCUGCAGAGCGUACUCUACUCUGCGAAGGACGCGCUCCCGGAAGUGGCCGAAGCUUACAUCGAUAAAAUUACGAGCACUUGUUUCCAGCCUGGCAAGAAUCAAGAGCCGUCGAACGUUUUCGACGCGGAGUGCUCCACCAGAUUAUUGGAGGCUUGUUUGGCGGUAGCGGCUCCGAAAUCAUUUAGCAAAAUUCGCGAGAAUUAUUUCUCGGGCCAGUUGAAGCGACUGUCGUUGGCGGUCGGCACGAACUUCAGCGUGCAGAGGCUGCUGGACCACUGCACCAUGAAAGAAGAUUUCGAAGAGAUACUCGAGGAACUGCGUACGUGUUUCUCCGAGAUCAUCGACAAGGGUCACACGGGGGUGUUGGUCAGCGUGGCGAACACCUGUUUAAGACUUCGAGCGCAGCAGGGCGCGUUCUUGACAGAUCUGUUGAAAGCCCUUCAUUGCGAGAGCAACGACAGACAGGUCCGAAUGGCGAACUGCAUGGCAGGCCUGAAGACGUACGAACAAUUGGAAAACUCGCGGAAGGAAAACGUCGAUGCGAAAACAUCGAUCAAUUUGCACGGGAGUUUGGUGAUACAGGCCGUUCUCAGAUUCAACAAACCGAUAAAAUUAGUGAACUCGUUGCUGGAAAUGGAGGAAGAGGACUUCGUACGCUUGCUCGAAGACCCGAAAGGAAGUCGCAUCGUGGACGCGUUCAUGGACAGUGAAUUCAUCGGCGAGAAGAGCAGGGAGAAGCUUGGGAAAAAGUUGAAAGGGCACUGGUCGCGUUUAGCUCGCAGCACCCACGGCUCUAGAUGUUUGGACAGAAUAUGGGAAUGGGCCCGGACGAAUCAAAGGAUAUUGAUCAUGGAGGAGCUCGCGGCAGCGGGGGAGUCGAUGCGUUCCACGAAGUCCGGACAAAUCAUCUCGAACAAAUUGAACGUUCCGCUGUUCGCAAGAAGCCAGAAGGAUUGGACGGAAGCGCAAGGAAGAGAAAAGAAGACGAAGGCUCUCUUCGCGGACGUAAUACAAGGAGGAGGAGGCGGCGGCGGCUCGAAGAAGAGGGCAGACAAAUAAAGCGACCAUCGUGACAUAGAAUAA